UCUCCUGAGCAGCGGCAGAAAGGAUCGGAGCUGGGAGGGCGGCGCGGAGCGCUGGCGGGGACAGGAGGGGCAGCCAUGCUCUUGUCUGGGGGUAGGCCCCCCGCGCAGGAAUGGUUCAUGGUGCAGUCGAAAUCGAAGCCUCGGGUGCACCGACAGCGGCUGCAAGUCCAGCGCAUCUUCAGGGUCAAGGUGAACGCCUUCCAGAGCCGUCCCGACACCCCCUACUUCUGGCUGCAGCUAGAAGGGCCCCGGGAGAAUACGGGUAAAGCCAAGGAAUAUCUGAAGGGUCUGUGCAGCCCAGAGCUGUGGAAGGAGGUUCGCUAUCCGCCAGUCCUGCACUGCGCCUUCCUAGGGGCACAAGGCUUGUUUCUGGACUGCCUCUGCUGGAGUACUCUGGCUUACCUGGUGCCCGGUCCCCCAGGCUCCUUGAUGGUGGGUGGACUGACCGAGUCUUUCACCAUGACACAGAACUGGCUGGAGGAGCUGGUGGCGCGGUUCCGCUGGGGUCCUGCCCCUAUGAUCACCCCCCGGGGGGGCUGGGAGACAGAGGUGACCCGGGCUUUUGGGGCCCUGGUGUGGAUCCGUGGUGACCAGUAUGCAGGGGAUCUGAUGCAGCUUCCCCCAGCAGUCCAGGAGCUGCUCCUCAACCUGGUGCGAGAUGCUGCUGGCAAGGAAGACAUCGCUGAGUGGCUCAGCCAUGUUGGCAGCUCUAGCACCUGUGCCAGCCCAGAGGUCCUGAUCUGCCCUGGCCAGCAGCAGAAGGAAGGCUCGUCCCUGGUGACCGUAGGAGAGAGCCCUGCACCCUUCCUAGAGAUAGGAGCCUUGAAUCAGGCUUCAGAGAAUUCGAAGAAAUUGGCAAGGUUAGGAGCAACUGGAUCCCCGACCCCAGCCCAGAGCAGUCAGCAGGAGUCAGCAUGCCAGCUGGUACAGGUCCGUCCCAGCAAGCAAGGUGAGGUGACCAGUGCUCGCGAAGAAGGGCCCCUCGUGCCAGCCGCCAGCAGCCAGGGCUCUGCCAAUCACACACAAGCCCUCUUGCAGCAAAGGCAGGCACAGAGGACAGAAGACAGAAUCUCAUUGCGGUCACCAGUGUCGGCUCUGAGUGUGUGUCCAUCCUGGAAGUCCUGGGCCCCGGGGCCAGCCUUUGGGCCCUUGUGGCCAGGGGCUAUUGCUGCAACUUUCUGGAAGAUCAACGAACUGCAUUCUCUUCACCUGGCCUGGCUGCUAUCCCAGGCUUGCUUCAGUUUCCCAUUCUGGCAGAGACCCAUGGGCCCCAUUCAGCUGAAGCUGCCAGGACAGAACCCUUUGCCCUUAAACCUGGAGUGGAAGCCGAAAGAGCUGGCUCCUCUAUCCAGUGCAGAAAACCAGGCUUGUAGACCAGAUGGAGAGCUAGGAAGCGAGACAGCCCUACAGCACAGCCCAAGGCUGGAGACCCCCUCAGAAGUCAUCAGUUUAUCGGGGGUGCCGGGGGACUGUGGUAUCAUAGAGGUUGUUACCUCAGAACCUCCACAAGGAGAGCCAUCCUUGACAUCUGCCCCCCAAGCUGAAGCGGAGCAGGAAGAUGAAAGAAGUUCACUGUCAGAUGGUGACGAUCUGGAAAAGUCCUCUUCAGCACUGCCUACAGAGCAGAGGGGACCCACAGCUCAGGAGAGGCCAGUGGCUCAGGCGGAGAUGACGGGUCAGCCAGUACCCAAAGCUCCAGCAAUGUCUGAGAUUCCUGAAGCGCCCGCGGCUACAGCCGUGUCCAAAGUCGACCACCCACCCACCGGGGAAGGGCUGCCUCCAGCUCCCAAAGUGCCUCCAGCCCUAAAGCUGGCAGUGGAUACAGAGCCUGCAGCUCCCAAAGUGCCUCCAGCCCUAAAGCUGGCAGUGGAUACAGAGCCUGCAGCUCCCAAAGUGCCUCCAGCCCUAAAGCCGGCAGUGGAUACAGAGCCUGCAGCUCCCAAAGUGCCUUCAGUGCCACCAAAGUCAGCAGUUCCUGUGGAGCCCACAGCCCCCAAAGCAACCGCGAGUCAACCAGCAGCUCCCAUGCUACCCACGACUCCCCAGACCCCUGCAGCUCAGAACAUGCCUUCAGCAAAAACACCUGCAGUCCCCCAAACCCCCAAAGUCCAAACUGGGAAUGCCACUAAAGCAGGGUCUGCCGCUCCCCAAACACCUUCCACUACCAAAACACCCGCAGCUUCUAAAGCCUCCAGAGUGUCUAAAACCUCCGCAGCGCAGGUGUCCACAGUUGCAGGGCUGAGCCUGGAUGAAGCCAAACUCCCAAAUGAGGUCCAGGCUUCAAAGGGUAGAGCUGUCGUGCCAAAGGGCCAGGGAAAGACUGGAAAGCAGGGUUUCCAGGCCAGUAACAACUUGGCCUCCAGAAAUAAACAUCAGUUCCUGAAGGAGGGACUUCUUGGGGCUUGGGAGGGGGCCCAGAGGAAGUCAGCUCACCACCCGCAGGCCAACAACACAGUGACCAGCUUCCAGAGGUACCAUGAGGCCUUGAACACACCCUUCGAGUUGAACUUGUCUGGGGAGCCUGGGAAUCCAGGACUGCGAAGAGUGGUCAUUGACGGCAGCAGUGUGGCCAUGGUACACGGCCUCCAGCACUUCUUCUCUUGCCGAGGCAUUGCCAUGGCGGUGCAGUAUUUCUGGAAUCGAGGACACCGGGAGGUCACCGUGUUUGUACCCACCUGGCAGCUGAAGAAGAACCGGAGGGUGAGAGAGAGCCACUUUCUGACGCAGCUUCACUCACUCAAGAUGCUGUCCAUCACUCCCUCCCAGCUGGAGAACGGCAAGAAGAUCACCACCUAUGACUACAGGUUCAUGAUCAAGCUGGCAGAGGAGACUGAUGGUGUCAUUGUCACCAAUGAGCAGAUUCACAUCCUCAUGAAUCAUUCCAAGAAACUGGUGGUCAAAGAUCGCCUGCUGCCCUUCACCUUUGCGGGGAAUCUCUUCAUGGUCCCAGACGACCCCCUCGGUCGCGAUGGCCCCACCUUGGAUGAAUUUCUGAAGAAACCAAACAGGUUGGACAUGGACAUUGGCAAUUUCUUGAAGGUGUGGAAGACCCUUCCUCCCAGCUCAGCCAGCAUCUCUGAGUUGAGUGACGAUGCUGAUCCUGAGCCAAUGGUGGGCCCACAGAAUGUGGAAGAGGUCAGGGAGAAGAGGGAGGACAGCCCAGCAGAGGAGCUGGUGGAGCAGCCGGAAAUACCAAAGCCUGAUGAACAAGAAGACCGUGACUCUUCCCUUGCGUCGGUGUUUGGAGCUGAAUGCCCUUCCUUUUCUGAGGAAAUCCUCCGGUGUCUCAGCCUGCAUGACCCCUCCGAGGGGGCUUUGGAUAUUGACCUUCUGCCAGUGGUGUCCUCUCCCUACAUGGAUGUCCCCUGGGAUGGGCAGGCUCCCUGUCAGCAGGUUCUUGCCCAGCUUGCUCAGCUCACUAUCCCUAGCAACUUCACUGCUCUGUCUUUCUUUGUGGGCUUCAUGGAUUUGCACCGGGAUGCUAUUCCUGACUAUGAAGUCCUCGUGGGUCCCCUGCACAGCCUUCUCAAGCAGAAGCCGGACUGGCAGUGGAACCAGGAACACGAGAAGGCCUUCCUGGCCCUGAAACGAGCGCUAGUGUCUGCCCUCUGCCUGUCAACCCCGAAUUCUGAUCUGCCCUUCUACCUGGAAGUGACCGUUAGCCAAGUGUCACUGACGGCCAUCCUGCAGCAGGAGCACUCAGGAAGGAAGCACCCCAUCGCCUAUACCUCGAAACCUCUUCUCCCUGAUGAGGACAGUGAGGGGCCACAGUCAGGGGGGGACAGCCCCUAUGCUGUGGCUUGGGCCCUCAAACACUUUUCCCGAUGCAUUGGGGACAAUCCAGUGGUUCUACGUCUUUCCUAUGCCUCCCGGACCACUGUGGACAGCGAGACGUGGGAAAGCUGUAGCGUUUCCAAAGCGUGGUUGAUUCGAUGGUCUCUCUUGGUUCAGGACAAAGGCAAGAGGGAUUUGGAAUUGACCCUACUCCAUGGCCUGCUGGGGGAAAACCGGCUGCUGACACCUGCUUCCUCGAUGCCUCGAGUUUUCCAGCUUCUGCCUCCUUCUACUGACCUGUCUACAUUUAUCUGCAUCCAUAUAUCUGGCUAUUGCUUCUACCGUGAUGAUGAGCUGUGUGCUGGCUUUGGUCUCUACAUCUUGUCCCCCACCAGCCCCCCAGUCUCCCUUACCUUUUCCUGUUUCCCUUAUACACUCACCUAUGCCCACCUGGCAGCCGUGGCCUGUGGCCUAGAGCGCUUUGGCCAGUCCCACCUGCCGGUGGUUUUCCUCACCCACUGCAACUGGAUCUUCAGCGUCCUCUGGGAGCUCCUGCCUCUCUGGAAAGCCCGUGGCUUCCUCUCAUCGGACGGGGCUUCUCUACCUUAUCCGAGCUUGCUCUCCUAUAUUAUAUCCCUCACUUCUGGCCUCUCAUCCCUCCCCUUUAUCUACCGAACCUCUUAUCGGGGAUCUCUGUUUGCUGUGACAGUGGAUACUCUGGCCAAGCAGGGCGCCCAAGGGGGCGGGCAGUGGUGGGAUUUGCCGGAGGAUGUGCCGGUGCCAAUAGUGACUCCCCAUACCAAAGGCAGGAAGCCCAACCUGCUGGCCUUACAGCUGAGUGAUGGUACAGUGGCCGAGAUCAUUGCCAAGCUGCAGGCGGGGCAGAAAUUGUCCGGGCCCUCCCCUUUCAGUUCUGCUUUUAAUUCGCUCAGCCUUGACAAAGACAGUGGCCUGCUUAUGUUCAAGGGCGAAAAGCAUCCCAGGGUCUGGGUAGUCCCAAGGCAACUUAGGAGGGAUCUGAUUUUUUUUGUGCAUGACAUCCCCUUAGGGGGGCACCAGAGGCCAGAGGAGACCUAUAAGAAGUUGCGGUUGCUGGGGUGGUGGCCUGGGAUGCAGGAGCACGUGAAAGAUUACUGCAGGAGCUGUUUGUUUUGCAUUCCCCAAAAUCUCGUAGGGGGUGAGUUGAAAGUUAUUGAGUCCCCGUGGCCUGUCAGGUCAACCGCUCCCUGGUCAAGUCUGCAGAUUGAGGUGGUGGGUCCCAUCACUGCCAGCGAGGAAGGUCAUAAGCACGUGCUCAUCGUGGCUGAUGCCAACACCCGGUGGGUGGAGGCAUUCCCUCUGAAGCCCUAUACGCACAUGGCUGUGGCCCAGCUGCUACUGCAGCACGUGUUUGCGAGAUGGGGUGUUCCCAUAAGGCUGGAGGCGGCCCAAGGCCCCCAGUUUGCCCGACAUGUCCUGGUGAGCUGUGGGCUGGCCCUAGGCGCUCAGGUGACCACACUGAGUAGGACCCUUCAGUUCCCUUGUUUGAUGAGUUCAGAGGCCUACUGGGAAUUCAAGAGGGCCCUGAAGGAGUUCAUCUUCUUGCAUGGCAAAAAGUGGGCAGCCUCCCUUCCCUUGCUGCACCUGGCUUUUAGGGCUUCCAACCCAGAGGCCACCCCAUACCAGGUUCUGACUGGGGAUGAGGGGAGGCUGACGGAGCCCUUGUGGUGGGAGAUGAGCAGCGCGAACAUCGAGGGGCUCAAGAUGGACACGUUCCUGCUGCGGCUGGCACGGGAGCUGUUGGACCUCCACGGGAGGGUGGCAGAGAAGGCCGGUGAGAAAGCUGACAACAGACGCUUCCAGAGGGAGAUCCAGAACAAGGAGUGGAAUGUGGGUGACCAGGUCCUCUUGCUGUCUCUCCCCAGGAACGGCAGCGGUGCCAAGUGGGUUGGUCCCUUCUAUAUUGGCGACCGAUUGAGCCUAUCGCUCUAUAGGGUUUGGGGUUUCCCAACCCCAGAGAAGUUGGGGUGUGUCUACCCUAGCAGUCUAAUGAAGGCCUUUGCCAAUGGUAGCGCACCCCUGUCCUUCAAUGACUUGGACCAAUGAUUAGAGCCAUCAGGGAGCUCCCUGCUCUGGGGGUCCUGUGUUUCUGCUGCUAGAUCUCCUUUUGCUCUAAGAAAGGCUCUCAGCUCUUGGGGGGCCUCCAGUUGUGCCUUUUGUGAAGUUGUUUUGUUGAUAAAGCUUUGCUGAAUUGCCUUGACCUAGGGAUGAAUGUCCCUAUGGAAAUAUCCCAGCUUAGGGUUUUUGGAAACCUUGCCAAACGUCGUCAUGUGUGGGUUCUGGCAGUUUUCCACUUGGGAGCAGAAGGCUCCUUACUAAAGUAGGCCAGGCUCACAGUCUUCCCCAAGUGCCGCGCUGUCCCUUCAUGCACAUGCAGGCGUAUCUUAGUGUGUGCACCCCUCCCCCAGUAUCUUAAACCUGGUAUAUUUAAUAGUGCGAAUCGGAACCUCACAGUGGGUACCACGCUGCUGGCUCUCGUGCGAGUGCCUCCCCUUACACUGUGGGUUUGGCGAGCCUUUGCCCUUGGAGUUUUCAGUGGCAUGGACACAUGCUGGUAGGGAGUGGGGGCGGGGAGGGCACAGUAGUUCUCCAGUCAGCUUCCUCUGCCUUUUCAGCUGCCAAGAAAGGGUUUUAGCCUUCAUGUGCCUCUAGGAUGAUGGCUCUGGGUGGAGAUGAUCAACCACACGCCACCUACACCACUUACCUGUGUAAGGGAAGGAGAGAGCGGAAGAUGAGUUGGCCUACCUCAUUUGAUUCCAGUCAAGGGAGGUGAUUCCUGACCCCUGCCGUGAUGGUGGUCACCUCAUGGGAAUCAUGGACCUUGGUGCCCGGUGUGGCAUCUCUCUACUGGAAGAGCUGCUUCUAUUAGGUCAAGUGGUAUACCCACGCUCUGCUUCAUGUGGAGGGCGUCUGACAAGGGUAGUUUGAUGCGUGGCCAGGUGCUGGGUAGCUUUACCUCUUACUCUUCUCACCCCCUCCCCAAACCCACAUCCCUCUCCUGCUUGUACCGUACCUUGCCAUCUCCUCAGAUGCCAUGGGGCUGCUCUGCCCUGAGCAGCUGUGGCGCUCUUGAUCUGCUUGCGUAGAGCUCCCUUAGAGCCAGUCAUGUAGACAGCACUCUUGCAGUGGGAGUGGGCCUCUCACAGACACGAGUGCUUCUAACAUGCAUGUCCACACUUCUGAGCUGCCAGUCUGCAGAGGAAGGCCAGCACCACGCCGCUCUGGCUCGUUUUCUCAGGAGCCAUUCCAGUUUCCUGGCCCAGCACGGGUCACCGGUCUUGACAUUGCAGAGUGCUGGGGCCAGAGAAGCUGCAUGGCAGAGGAAAGAGGGCCAGAGGGGGGAAAAUGACUUGUCCAAAGUCAUACAGCAAAUUGGUGGCUGAGUUGGGAUCCGGAUGAACCUUCUUGAGUGACUUCAAGUUCACCAUGAUAGGGGUUCUAGCAACAGAUUGGAGCAGGAGAAGCCUUUCGGAUUUGGUACCUCCAUUCCCUUUGAUGCCGUCUCCCAACUUUUCUAGAUAAACUACCUGAUGCUGUUCCUCAGCCAGUCCAGCUGUCAGCCCUGCUCAGGGAUGAGUGCGGGGUGACACCCGAGACGCUGAAAGGUUAGAUGUAGAGUUUUUAGCAGGUACCGUAUUUCCUCAUCUCUGCCUCUUUCCCAGCCUCACUCUGCUCCCCCUGCCCCCUCCCAGUGCUGUAUUCAAACCCCUCUUCCUGUUAAGAACAAUUUUGAUCAUAUGCUCUUUCAAGCGAUUUUCAUUUAUUUUUCAAUAAAUCAAUUAAAACGGA